UGACAUUGACUUCGAUGUUUUGAUUUAACCUAAUGAGUGCUUCGAUAAAUUUCAGUGAUUUCUUAUAAAAUGAAUAAUAAGACCUAUUACGAUGAACAGUUUUUCUUAGAUAAAUAUAAUUCAAAUAUUAACAACUGCAAGAAAAGAAAACAUGAUCACAGAAUCUUUGAACAUAACAGUAAUUGUAAACUAAUUGAUUUGAAUACAAAUGCAAAGAGAGUAAUAGAAGUACAUGAUUCGAAUGGUAUCAAUAAUAAAAUUAAAACACGAGAAAUUACAGAUGAAAUUAACGUACAUAAUACGGAAGCAUGUUCAACAGAGACAUACAAACAACUUGUCGACGUUCCGACAGAAUUAAAUGAGUAUCUUAUAGACAUUGGAAAGUGCGCAGAAAAAUCGACAUACUGUCGCCCUGCCAUUGAUUACUACAGUCAAGCAUUUGUCUUCAAAACAAUGUCCAGGAAUGCUAGAUUGCAACGUCUACUUAAAAAUAUAGUGGUAAGUCGUCAAAAAGAGAGGGCGGAAGACGCUUGGAAACAAUACAUCAAUGAAUUGAAAUGUAAGCAUGGGUAUAAUUCUAGAGCUGAUGACUUCAGGGUACCCGAAGGUAAAGCCGAUGACUAUCCGGACAUAUGUGAUUUGUACAAUACACGAUUUAGUUGGAACCAAUCAAGACAAUGCCAGAAUUUGCUUGAAGAUUUUUAUGGAUCUUACGAAAGACAGCAGAGAUGUGCUCAAUCUGAAAAUUGUAGACGAACAGAAAGGUCACAGUUUGGCAAUAGACACUAUUGCUAUCCUACUUCCUCUCAUGGACGACUUAUAUUGUUGGAUAGGGAGAGAGCUCGAGAUUUUAGUCGAGGUUAUUCCCGAACACCGCAAUAUAGAGAUUUUCGUGGUAAUACUAUAGUCAUUGACAAGGACCCCUAUGAUAGUCCUAUAAACCAAUGUAAUCGUGAAAAAUACAAAAUUGAUAAAUCUACUAUUGUACCAGAAAAAACAAAUAAACAGCAAAUUUAUAAGACUACCUCGGUGCAAGUAAGCGACCAUGCUAAUAUUCCAUAUAUUAAUGGUGGUGAUGAAUGUGUAGAAAGAGACAGAAAAGAGAAUAUACUCCCAAAAUCCAGUAAAAUUGAUAAGGAUACAGUAAAUACUGCUAUGGACCAAAAUAUAUUAGGGAACAUUGAAAGUAAAUUGGAUGAGUUAAUAAAUAUAAUCAAUAAAUUGAUGAUUGACAUGAACACAAAAUUUAUUCAUUACGGUAACAAUGAAUCGGCUUCUACUGCUUGCAAAUUAAGUAGCAAUGAUUUGAACACUUCUAGAAGUGAAACAUUCGGGUUUUACAAGACGGAGAGCUUAAUGUGUGGAAUCUCUAGCUUUUCUGAUGUUGGUACCAGUAAAGCAUUAAAACUAAAUUGUAAUGCAGGACCCACAAAACUUAAUAAAAUAUUAUCAGAAGAAAUCAAUAAAAGUAACAAAAUAAAAAAAGAUAUAGAUGACAUAUUGAACGGCAAAUCGCGAUCUAUUUCUCUGCCAAACAGUUUAGAAGAACCCACGAAAGACGUGUGUACGGAAAUCAUGGAUUCAUUAUCCAAAGAUACAAAAAACAGGGUUUCGAAGAAAAACAAAAGGUGUUUUACUAUAGCGGUGAAUACAGAACCAAUCGGUUUGUUAGGUCUGCUGAAGAUAUCGAAGGAGACGAUAAGACAAAUCCUGUCGUACAUGCCCCGAAUCGACUAUAAUUCAUAUUUGUCCAUGGUUCAGUUCCCCCAGCUGUCUAAGAUCGGCGAGUCGGAUUAUAUCUGCAAUAUUUGCGGGGCAGCCUUCUGUCGGCCGUCACAGCUCAGCGAACACAUUCAGAAACAUAAUUUGGACAACACGAGGAAUUGCUGUGUUUGCCGGCAUGCCUUGGAUUCUAAAAGACGUUCAGCCUUGUUUUCAUGUCGGUACUGCCACCAGCCGUUCAUCAGAGCGUACUGCUGUGAGCUCCACCAGAGAUCGUGUGCGAAGAAUUUCGGAGUCCGGCACGCGGAAAGUAAUCGCGGUAACCUGGCUAUGCUGACGUAGAUUGAAGAAAAUACCUUUUUUGUAUUGUUGGUCCUAUUUAUAUUGUAUUUAUUUAUAUUUUGGAUAUAACAGUUCACUUUACAA